CAUUCUGCAGCAGUCGUACUGCCUACUAUUGAUCCUUGGUCUAAAUACAGCACUGGAUACCGGUAGAUGGCAGUGAAGUUGAACCAGGUGGCCAUGUUGUAAUUUGCAGACAUUUGUUUCACGGUUAUUGAAAUGUGAAUAUUUCUACAAUCCGCACCAUUAUUUUCACUGCAUUCCCCUUCUGCUCGAGAGCCCGGUCCAUCAUCAGCACGUGUUCCCGAUGCAGGAUCACUGAAGAUAUCACCAAGUUCCGCACUAAAACGCACCAAGCUUUCCAACGUCGUUACAUACACCACGACUAGCUAAGCUACUUUCUUGUUGCACCACAACAACUUUCCUCUAUACAGCUGCAUCACAUUUAACACGCGGUGCAUACCAACUGCGGAUAACACCACCAAUAUACUAACUUGGAGCCAGGCUUUUACGAUGUCAUGCGGUGCCAUCCUACAAAAAUACUAGAUUUGUAGGUGCAGGACUCACACUGUCACACAUCCAGGAGGGGAACGCGGGAGAAAAGAGAAUACCAUCAAUAUAUAAAUUAUAAUUGACACAUUCCGUAGAAGUGUCAAAGGACUUUCUAAAUACCUAUUAUAUUAUCAGUAUUUGGGGGUAAUAUUAUUAUAUUUCAGUAAUGCAAAGAUAAAAAGAAACAAAGGCAGAGUACCCAAAAUUUUUCUCUUAAAUACUAAUGAUACUCGAAGUGAAAUUGAAAAUAUGUUACGCAUAUUAUAAAUAAAAUACAGUUAACAAUUAUAGUCUACAGAUAUAGCAUAUUCGUUUCCUAAUAACUAGAUUUUAGCACAACUAAGAUAAACCAAGUAUCUAGUUGAAGACAGUCCAUAGAACCCGAUCGAAGUCUCCGCUCUGAAAAUACUUCAGCUGAAACGGCUGGUUUUUUAAAACAAAGUAAAAUUUAAAUUAUCCAAAUCAUUCUUAGACAUUUGUAACUAAGCUUUGGCCCAUUAUACCCACUGUCUGGCUAUAAUUAAAUGAGCACGUGAAUCAUUAAAUCCGUCAUCAUUGAUCCAGACGAGUCAACCAUCAUCAUGGGGGCCGAAGGCGGUGGUGGAGGUACUAUUACCGCUGACGUUGUAACCUUGAUGGAAAAGGUGAAAUUUUACACCUCGUUAUGCCUAGGCACUACAGCAAUCAUUUCUGUAUUCGCUUUCCUCUUCCUCGUACCGUUCGUGGUGGAUCCCGCAAUCAAAGCUAUAAUGGCCGAUUAUGAUCCUAACCCCGUUACAUGCAUUGCGGUAAGUCACACUUAUGCAGAAGGUCUCCGAAACUGCUCGUGGUCUUCUUGUCGCGAGGGAUGCACGACCGCAGCUCUGCGCUGUCACCAGAUCUUAGUUAACUACACUAGAGUACCGUUCAGUGAAUGGGGGAACAGAAGCACGGAAAAUGUGGCGUGGGACGUAGGAGAUACCAAGUUCUACGUGAACUCGGAAGGGUGCGGUUAUCCACCGAGAGUCAACUGUUCGGAGUUCGCUAAAGAGUAUGGGUACAAGAACUUGAUGAAGCCCUUCCCAUGUUACUACAGUCGUACAUAUCCCGAAAAGGUGGUGGAGAGGUAUAGCUGGAAAGAGAACCUCAAACAUCUGAUACUCUCAUUUAUCGUACCCAACAUCCUCUUCGGAGUGUCCAUUGGUGUGCUAAGCUACUGGUACUGUCCAAGUUGUAAUCGGGUCUGCAACAAGAGGACGUACGUUGACAAGUACCCGACCAAGGAAGAGUUCUUUAACGACGCUGUAUCAGCUUCUGAAGUUAUGUAGCAUCGGAUGAGACUUGAGGAUGAUAUGAACGUGAAAAUGAGGACGAUGAUGAUUAUUAUGAAGAAGAAGAAUACUGAAGAAUUGACAUAUAAUAAACUUUCAGUGUGGUACUCCUGAUGACUGAAGAAUAUUCUCAACACCGUGUCUGAUUGUCAAGAGGUGUUAUCGCUAUCAUUGGAAGCUGUCUGUGUUUCAUCAAAGUUUGCUAUAUCACAUAGUCCAGAGCGAUGUCAGACAAGACGGGCACGAUUGUGGGAUAACAACAAACUCUUGUGCUUUUACGUUGUAAUGCUCUGCGGGGCAACAAGAUCAUAAUGACCUCAAAUCAGAAUUUGCAUCUUGCAGAGAUUGAAUUAUAUAUUUAAAUUACACUACAUUAGUUUUACUAAGCAUGUUCUAAUCAUUCUUAAUAUUGUAAAAAUGUAGUUUCACUUAAGUGUAAUUAAGUUGGUUCUGCUUUCUUCUUAAUUGAAAACUCGUUGCCCCGCAACCUACUGUGCAAGUGGACGUCUGAUAAUUGUAUUGGAACUUUGUUAUUUUCUGAUACAGCGAAUGAAUGUGCCACAGGUGUAACGGCUCGUAAAUGGGAAGAUAUUAAUCAAACGCUCAAAUAUGUAAAGAGUACGUGUUAUCGUGCCAAUUUUAUUACGAGAUGUAUGGGCUGUCUUUACAUUCGCAAAACUUAAUGUACAAACAUUACAAUUUUAAUCUCCCGAAUUCAACGUAGGCUAAAGAAACAAAUAAUGAAUAAUUCCAAUUACUACGAUGAAUUUCCCUCAUAUUUAAGCCCCUCCUAUUAUAACACCAAUGUAUGGAGAAUAUCUUCAUAACCACCGCUGUGAGAACCUCAAAUCCCACAUCAACGCAUAGAGUUCCCGCUCCUUGAGACACAUUUUCCACUUGCUAAAUGUUAUACAGCGCAUGCUCCCUCGUUUACACAUAGCAGAGACCCAGUUCAUGUAAAUAUUAAUACCGUACCUAAUUCCCACUCUAAUAUUAUUAUAAUUAUUGGUUCUCAUUCACACAAGGAACAUACUUACUAUGUUUCAGCGUUAUCAUCUAGAAUGGUUGUGAAAAUAUGGCAAAUGUGUAAUAAAUAUAACCCUUUUAUAAAGGAGUAAUACACCACGCCAAGAAACUGUUAAUAAUCUAUUCCAUAAGCGAAUUUUUCUUAUGUAAAUAUCAGCUAUGAAACAGUUAUGAAGAGAACACUUUUUAAUGUUAUUUUAAAUAUAUACAGCCUUGUGACUGUAAACAGGUAUUACAUUACUUCCAUUACAUAUUUUUGGCUCAUUUCAAAUGUGUAAAACAAACUGCAUAGCUUCAAAUGGGAUAACUUUCAGUGAAUCUAGUCGAUGCACAUAAUUAUAAAGGUAUGCAGUAUCUGGUGAUAUAACUGAACUACGUAAACCAGAUAAUAUACACGCAUUUUUGCUUUACUCAUACAUUCCGCAGGAAGACUUCAUGUCGCUGAUUUUUAAUGUUUACAUGGAUGAAUCAUAUAUUUCCCUUGUCCUGCAACAUUCAAAUAAAAUUCUGCACACUUUGAUUGACGUUUCUCUAUUAAAUAAGUGGGCUUUCAAAUGCAGAAUCGUAAUUUAGUUCAACUAUUUCAUGUUUCCAAAUACUAAUUACAUCUCAUAAUUAUUUUAAAAAUUAUACAGUUUAAAACUCUAAUAGAAUACCACAGACUAUAAGUAACUGACUUUAAUAACUAUUUCAUAUUUCCAAAUAAUAAUUGAAUCACACAGAUUUUUAAAUUUCGUAUAAUUUACAACUGUAAUAGAAGGAAAGAUUGUGAGUACUUCUCCAUUUUAAUAGAGAUAGGUAAUUUAAAUUGUAUAACUGUUCUAUAUUUGAAAUUCAGUAUGGAAAUAUACUGAUUCUAAGAGCACCAUUAAUUCCAUUAAAAUAAAGAGAGGCAUAAAGGUUUAUUCUCGUAUAAAGUCCUUAGUAACCGCGUUUGUAAUUGUUCGACUGUAAUUCUUUAUAACAUUAAAAAAUACAAAAUCUGCAUGUUUUUAAUUUUGAUUCAUCAUUUGAAAGACAUAAUUAUGCAAUUAGCUUUAAAAAAAUGUAAAUAAUAAUGCUCGCGAUUUGAAUAUUAAUUCGUCACAUGAUCAGUAGGCUGUCUACUGCUUGUGUAAAAGCCAAACACGAUACUGAACGGGAUAUCAGGAAAAACGUGUCAUUCAUUUCCGCAAUCCACAAGAAAUUCUGCCGGUCUAGAAAACCGAAAGUAACGGCCGUGGGAAUCCGCUGCAGUGACCAGGCGACACCCUCUAUCCGCAAAA